AUGGUUUCGGGAGAACGCGGCGGAGCUGCAGGAGGAGGCAGCAGCGGCAACUAUAGAAGCGGCAUCAGGAAGAUCUGGACGCGGACUCUUCUAACUUCUUUCAAUAGGAAGAAGGAAGGUGACCUAGAAGCAGCUGUUCCAGUGAAAGAGGAGCCAGUUCUGGUUUGUCCUCCUCUACGAAGCAAAAAAUACCUUCUUCCUGAGGAUCUCCAGAGUCGCCUAGAGUCUCGCAUCAGAGAGAUCUUUGGCUCCUCGGUGUCCAAGGACUGGCAAAAGGCAUCACUGGGAGAGAGCAGUUUAAAGUUCCGCCUUUUGGCACAGCUGGCGGCAGAUCUAGGCCACACAGUUCCUAAUUCCCAGCUCCACCAAAUGAAGAGUGCCAGAGAUGUCUUCGCUUUCUACAGCACACCUGUGAAAGACGUCUCAAAGUUUGAUGAGUUAAGCACACAGCAGCUGCCCCCAAACCUGAAAAUCAACUGGCGAUACUGA